CAGGUGAAUUUAAAAUAACUGAUGAGCACGGAGGUAAUAUUAUUGACUAUGGUAGUAGAAGUUGAAGGUUUUUUUGGUGUGUACAUGCUAUACUGCACAAACCCCAAGUUCAAAGGCCGGAUCUACAUCGGUUUCACCGUGAACCCCGAGCGGAGGAUCGGGCAGCACAACGCCGGGAGACACCGAGGGGGAGCCAAGAGGACCAGCGGAAGAGGGCCGUGGGAGAUGGUCCUCAUCAUCCAUGGCUUCCCCUCAGAUAUAGCUGCCCUGAGGUUUGAGUGGGCGUGGCAGCACCCACACUCCUCCCGCAGACUCCCUCAUGUGUCUCGUAGGGGCAGGAAGGAGUCCAGCCUACAGUUCCACUGGCGUGUGGUGUCCAACAUGCUGCAGGUGGCGCCGUGGAGCAGGCUGCCGCUGACAGUGCGCUGGCUCAGACAGGAGUACAGGAUGGACUUUGAGCCCGGCCUGCAGCCCCCCCUGCACAUCCCUGUCGCUUUUGGCAGCGUGAGGGCAAAGAAGAGGCAGUCUCUGGCGUCUGAGGGGGAUGAGAAGACCUCCAAGUGUUUUCUUUGCAACAAGCUGGUAAAAGAGUCAGAGAUGCUGAGCUGCUUUCACUCUUCAUGUGGGAUGGACAGCCACCUUACCUGUCUCUCCAGGUGUUUCCUCAGGCUGGAGCCAGACCACCUCCUGCCAGUGGAGGGGGCAUGUCCAUCCUGCCACCGCCCGGUGCUGUGGGGGGAUCUCAUUCGUCACAAACAUGGCUGCUUCGAAGAMCUCGAGGAGAUCACAGCACCGGGUCCUCAGAGCCACUGGACAGAUGAUCUACAGAUAUGAGCCGGCGUUACACGAAACCUCAGUACCAAAGUUUUACGUUUUUGUGUUUUCAAUUAUGUCUAUUUUAAACUGCAUCAAGUAUUUGUAUGGAAAAUUAUGCAUUCUUUGAGAGAUGAGAUGUUUUAGCUGAUUUUGUUCUGUUGGUUUGAAAAGUAACAUUUUUAAUCUGUUCAAUUUCUUUGUAAAGCUGUAAAAUACAUUAAAUUAUUUAAUUUUUUAGACUUAAAAUCA